GGGAAGUAAAAGUUUUGGAGAAGAAAUGUUUCGGCAAAAAAUUAAUUUUCGACAGAAGAAAAUACUUCAAGAAUUUUGGUCAACAAUCACAUGGAUGGAAAACGUGGUUCUGCAACAGUAGAAGAGUGUUCCAGGUGUGUAUUAUAUUGACGGGCCACGUGGCUACACCACCGCGGGGUCGAGGCACCUUGCCACAGUUCCUGCAGUCCUCCCCCCCUUCAGAGGUUCGGAUCCUCCCUCGGGCAUGGAUGGAUUUCCUAAAAAUGAAAGUCGGAAAGCUCUGUGGGAGAAUGCCGUGAGGAGGAAGAAUUGGUGUGCGUCUAAAUGGAGCACUAUAUGUUCUCAGCAUUUCCGAGAAGAGGACAUAGACUGAACUUCCGUUUCAACAGUAAGGCUCCGAGAAAAUGCUGUACCAUCAGUUUUCCCUACACACCCAAAACAUUUGCAAAAGGAUUGUCAGCGAACAUGGCGUUAUCGUUUGAACAAAGGAAAUGGAUGCUAAAGUGUUACUGGAAAACAGAGAAUUACAGAGUUGGAAGGGCACGAUAUAAUGAAAUCAAUUGCCUAUCAAUGUAUGUGUCAAGGUCUCACUGCAAUAUUGUGAAGAAAGACAAAGGAUUAUACAUAAUAGAUGGUGGGGUAAGUUAUGUAAAGUAGAGACUCGAAGUUAAAAUAAACUGAUUACUUUCUUGUAAACAUUUGAGUAUGAGUGUUUUAUUUAAUACACAUUUUAU